UAGAAGAAAGCUAAGACCGAUCAGCCAGUCCUUAAAGCUGUAACAGUCUGCCAAAGAAGGUAUCGAAAGUGCAUAGUUACUUUUUACAUAUGGUAGCAAACUUCUGUUAGAAUGAAUGGAUCAUCUUAUUCUAACUUUGACACAAAAGAGCACGUCUUGAUACUAGGGGAAAGCUUUGAGAGACAACCGAAAUGCGCAUUCCACACUGUCAGAUAUGACUUCAAACCAGCAUCCAUCGAUACCGCUUGUGAAGGAGAUCUGGAGGUGGGCAAAGGUGAACAGGUGACGAUAACACUACCAAAUCUAGAGGGGUCGACUGCCCCAGUGACUGUGUUCAAGGGUUCGAAGAGGCCGUACAUGAGGGAAUGCGUCCUCAUUGUGAACCACGACACAGGAGAGUACCGGCUGGAGAAGCUCAGCAACAACCUUGCUGUGAAGAAAACCAGGGCUGAAGGCAGCAGUAAAGUCCAGUCUCUGCUGGAGCAGCAGACCAGUCGGCUGAGCCAGCAGGCACGGGGAGGCGGCAGCAGCAGCAGCAAGACCCCUUCAGCCCCCAAGAGCUCCCCUCCGAAGAACAAGAUGUCUCCAGCCUCCCCCAUGGACGACAUUGAGAGAGAGCUGAUGGCAGAAGCCCGUGUUCUGUCCCAGAUGAGCAGUGGAGACAGCUCCUCUUCCUCCUCGAGCAGCGAGGACAGUUCCAGCAGCGACUCCGAGGAGGAGAGCCCCAACCCCACCAGACCUCCCACCUUGCCAUGCCCCCAGCCAUCAAUGCCAGCUCUAUCAGCCAUGCCUGCUCCGGGGGGCAUGAACAGCAGACCCGGAGAGGGCACUGGGCACCUAAUGAACACACUUAAAAAUGACUUGCAGCUGAGCGAGUCCAGUAGUGAAAGUGAUGAUGACUGAACCAUAUCGACCAUCGAAGGGCAGGGUCAUUGAAUCGUUUCUACUCUGUUUUAUUAGCACAUCAAGGUUUUCAUUGUAUGAAGAAUCCUCAGUCUGUAAUGAUGUUUGUAUUUAUUUUCUGGACAGCCUACAUGUCCCCCACAGUGUUCUUAACAUAUCGGAGACAGAAGCCAACUGCACUACUACCUGGAACUUGACUUUCUUGGGGGGCGGGGGAAGGAUAGUUAUGUUUAUUUUCAAUGAUUACAUUGAUCUUUUAAGGCUGUGUUUCCUGGUUACGCCUCUUAACAAUGAUGGUACUUGAAUUUGUGUUUUGUUUUAUUUUUUUUGCUUCAAUUUAUCAAAAGUAAAGCAUUAAAAACAAAAAUCUAGAUUUUUUUUUUUUUUUUUAAUUGACUGGGAUGGAAGUUAAACUCCCAUUGCAUAGCAAUUUGAGCCUCUCCAGGUUUUACUGUGAGCUUGUUUAGACACGAUCAGGUUGUUACUAUACUACUUUGGCAAAUAAAAGUUAAUCAAAUCUGCAAUAGAUUAAACUGCUA